AUGUCGCUUUCCAGGGAUGCAGCGGUUUCCGUGGGACUCGCAGUGAUACUGUUCUGCCUCGGCGCAUCGUGUUUCCAUGGCGCCACCGCAGCGAAACUUCUCCCAGAAAACGUGGUGCAAGGAGGGUACGGCCCGGUCCUCGUCAAGGCCCUUGGGAUGAACGCCUCGCUCGAUUGGACCCUCACGCAGAACGGGAAACCAAUUGAUGUCAAAGUAAAUGCAACGGUCAAGUCGGCCAGCGCGGGCCCAGCGGUGAAACCGGAGAAGGCGUCCGUCGAGCCGCCAGUCUUCUCCUGCAAAAUCAACGUCACGGGCAAGGUGAAGGGAAAGCACUCGUCGUUGUUUAACCCGUGGGAUCCCUGGACGCGAGUGGGGCUGUACAAGGGCAAGAAGGGGCUGUAUGGGCAGAUUAUCAGCCGGAACAUCACAGGAGAAUGGUCGUCGGUUGGGUUCCGCGGGCGGAUUAAGGUUUUCACCGGGAAGCUGAAGUUGAGUAAAGCGAAUGCUUCCGCUAUAGCGAAAGCCCCGGCGGACUACUACGUGCAGAUCACACACCCCUUAACAGAGUUCCAUUUACUCCUAGCGUCAGCCAAUCAUGGGGACCGCAACGUUGGCUUCGCCGCUUGCGCGGCUCCACGCUACCGUGGCUCUGUCGUCUGGCUCCGAGAGACGAACGAUAAGCCUGUCAUCCGUCGCUUGCUCGUCGUCUCAGGCGACAUUCUUCAGCGGAAGCGGCGGGACGAGAAACGCCUUCCUGUCCGCCUCCGGUCGCGGGGCGGAAAGGCGGAGGGGAAAUGCGCUCGUGGUCCGCGCAGACGCGGUGAGUCGGAGAUUGAGUCGGACUACUAUUCGGUGCUGGGUGUAGAGAAGAACGCGGACAAGUCACAAAUAAAGAGCGCUUAUCGACGCCUGGCUCGCAAGUAUCAUCCGGACGUGAACAAGGCACCAGAGGCGGAGACCAAGUUCAAGGAAAUCAGUAACGCGUAUGAGGUGUUAUCAGACGAUGAGAAGCGCUCGCUGUACGACAGAUUCGGGGAGGCAGGUGUCAAGGGCGGCGCUGGCUCGGAGUUCAAUAACCCGUUUGACCUCUUUGAGACGUUCUUUGGAGGGCGAAUGGGAGGCAUGGGCGGCAUGGGCGGCAUGGGGGGAAUGGGAGCUCGGCGCACAGCCCCCGUGCAAGGGGACGAUGAGAGGUACGACCUGACAAUCGACUUCCUGGAAGCAGUCUUUGGCUCGGAGAAGCAGAUAGACGUGUCGCGCAUGGAGGCCUGCGGCACGUGCAAGGGCACGGGGGCCAAGCCCGGCACCACCCCCACCACCUGCUCCUCCUGCAACGGCCAGGGGCAGGUCGUAUCAGUGGCCAACACCCCGCUGGGCAUGUUCCAGCAGGUGACCACAUGCCCGCGGUGUGGCGGCAGUGGGGAGAUUUCGACCCCCUGCAACACGUGCAGCGGCAGCGCUCGCGUGCGCAAGUCCAAGCAGGUCACCCUUAAGGUGCCAGCAGGGGUGGACAACGGCAGCAGGCUGAGAGUGCGAGGGGAGGGCGACGCCGGCCUAAGAGGCGGGCCCCCCGGCGACCUCUACGUCUUCCUCUCUGUCCGCCCCGACCGCGAGCUCGAGCGCAAGGGAGCCGACAUUCUGCAAACCCUCAAAGUCUCGUACCUCGAAGCCAUUCUCGGCACCACCAAGCAAGUCCGAACAGUCGACGGGCCGGUGGAUUUGAAAAUCCCCGCAGGGACGCAGCCGGGGAGUACGCUGGUGAUGGCGAAGCGGGGGGUGCCGGUGCUGGGGAAACCGAACCUGCGCGGGGAUCAUCUGGUGAAGGUUCAGGUGGAGAUUCCCAAGGCGCUGUCGGGCGAAGAGAGGAAGCUGGUCGAGCAGCUGGAGGAGCUGAGCAGAGCCAAGGCCGGGUCGCGGUGA